GGGAGAAGGCUGAAGGCCUGCUUUCGCUGCUUAAAACGCUCUUCACGUCUCUUGUUAUGGUCUUUAUCUUCGCCACUCGCUGACUCCUUCAGUUCUCCCUUGUUCAUUUUGUCAUUUCCUUAUAUUCUACAUCUUUGCAGACGUGCUUCAUUUUUGCAUUCUGGGGUGCUUAUUUUCUGCCCAUUUAGUCGUUCUCUUUGACCCCUUAAUUACAAUGUUUUAAUGCAAUUUUUCUUUUCUGAUUUCUUCUGUCAUAGCUUACCAAGAUUUUUGUGGGUUUGCAUGAUUUUCUUGUUUGCUUAAUUGCAAAAGUUUCCAAGAAAAUGGCUGUAGAACUUUGCUCAGAAAAUUCUGGUAUGAGUCCAAGGAUUUCGUUUUCUCAUGAUCUUUGUCAUUUUGAUGUUGUGCCCGUUGAGCAACGCCCUCUUAGGUCAAAAUCUUCAGGCUUAAAUUCAAGCAUUGAUUUCGACUUCUGCGUCCGUGAAAGCUUGGAGCAACAAUCAUCAUCAGCUGAUGAGCUUUUCUCUGAUGGAAAAAUCCUUCCCACUGAGAUCAAGAAAACGAACGUCCCAUCGAAACAAACUGAUCAAUCUACAUCCCCACUGCCAUUGCCACGAUCAAAUUCUGUUCAUGACGAUGCUAACAUUAACGAGACUUCGAAGAAAGAAAGCUCCAAAGAGAACAAGAUUACGCGGGACGAAACAGGGGAUGACGUAGAUGAGAAGCAAAGUUCCAAGUCGUUUUGGCGUUUCAAGAGGAGUAGCAGCUUGAAUUGUGGGAGUGGAUAUGGGAGAAGCUUGUGUCCCUUGCCACUUUUGUCAAGAAGCAAUUCAACAGGCUCUACACCAAAUGUUAAACAAGCUUCAAUUUCGAAAGAUUCCCAUCACCAUAAGCAGAAUGCACAGAAACAUGCUACUAAUUCCUCCUAUAAGUCUUCAACAAGUUAUCAGAAGCCUCCAUUGAGGAAGGGUUAUAAGCCUUAUGGUAAUGUUGUUCAAGUUAACCCUGUCCUGAAUGUUCCUUCUGGCAAUAUGUUUGGUUUAGGUUCAAUCUUCUUCACUGGCAAAGAUAAGAACCACAGGAAGAAAUAAUUGAUAAUUCACUCUAAUCAUGAUUACGUUUUUCCACCUUGAAGAUUUGUUGGAUUGGUGUUUUCUUUUUUUUUUUUUUAUCUUUUUCCUAUUUCCAUUUCUGUUUGUUGAUUGCCAUGUGAGUAGGAGAACUGAAUGUAGUAUGGAUAGGCCAAAAAAGAAACAACAAAGAAGCAAAGACAUUUCUCUUAAGAAGACAAAAGAAGAUAGAAAUGUCAAUGGAUGGAGGGCCAGGGGGAAAGAUAUAAUUCAAUGGCACAUGCUUUGGAAAAACAAAAAUGACAGAUUUGAAUACUUGAUCAAGCUAAUAGAGAGUUAACAGGGAGAUUGCCAGAGAUACUGUGAAGCAAAAAAGAUGCCAUGCUUUGUACUUUAUUAGUUGUAUAUUUCUUAUUCUUCUAGAUUCUAGUUCACACAUGAUUCAUGCACUAUUGAUUUCCUUAGUGUUUAAGGGCUUUAAAAUGGCUGUUUAUCCAGCAAAUUUUGAGCAUAAU